GAAAAAUAUGGCGAUUGUCUGAACUCUGCAGUCUGCUUGAUUUUAGAAUUUAGAUUUCAACUUUGAUUUUGAUGGUGAAAAUACAUUUAUAGGAAUAAUCUUAUAAUUUUCAACUGUAUCUACAUAAGGACAUUUUUGGCGUAAUCUACAGCAGGCUAUGUCUUGGCGCGGAAGAGAGGAUCGCGGGAAUCGCUGGGCUGAGAACCGCCCGCGGUCACCCGUUUGGGAGAUGAGGCGCAGUUCCAGUCCAGAUAGGGGCCACCAAGCGUCGCCUCGAGACAGACACAGGGAGCGCCGCGACCGUGUCGACCGUUUCGACCGUGACCGCGACCGUCGUGAUCGCGACCGUGAGCGCGAUGACCGCUACCGCCGUGAUCGUUACGACAAACGUGACCGCGAUCAACGUGACAAUAGGCGUCGUUCUCCGCGCCGCAUAGACGAUAAAGAAAUCCCAAGCGCUCCGUCCCCUCCUAAGAUAAGUAACGACAGACAGAAGAUUGACUCCCAAUCUAGAAGUAGGUCCCGUAGCCAUGAUAGACAAGAGCCUAUCGUUGAAACAUAUGAAAAUAAACACGAGAACCAAGAUACGCAAUCGAAUGCUUCACCAGGUGACUGGAUAUGUCAAUGUGGCUCUUACAAUUUUAAGCGGCGCCAAGUAUGUUACAGAAGAAAUUGUCAGGGUAAGAGAGCAGAUGGUGUGGUGUAUGGAGGUGACGAUAGGAAUGGCACAGAAACAAGCCCCGGUAUUACUAAGAGACUGUUAUUUAGAAGGUUAGAUGCUUUAACUACUGAGGAGAAAAUAUUAGAAGCAAUUAAAGAUAGGUGUACCAAGUCAGUGCUCGAUUCAAUAGCUGGUAUAACAAUAGGUAGAGAGACGUUGACUGGAGCUUCAAAAUGCUUAGCUUAUAUUAACUUUAACUCAAUAGCAGACUCAACAGCGGCACAUUCAGAAUUAUUAGCUUUGGAUCCUCCUCUUAAGAUAGAUGGACGAGAAGUGUUAGUUUCAUAUUACAAUGAAGUGCAAAAAGUUCAAAAGAAUAUGUCAAAUAAUUCAGAUUAUUCGGCAUAUUAUGCUCAAAUGUCAUAUAACACCAGUCAAGCUCUUUCCGAAGCAGACAGGGUAAAUGCAGCAGCUGCGGUAGCACAAUCGGCUAUCUCUGCAGCACAAGCUCGACAGCUUUCUUGGACUCCGGUAUCUGUACCAGUUUUUGUUACGUCUACCUCACAAAAUGCAGCUGUAACUAACAUACCCACUGGUGAUGGUAAAACAGUGUACAGCCCACCAGACGUGAGGACUUUCAUGUACGAUGAAACAUCGGGUUACUAUUACGACCCUGCAACUGGGUUAUAUUACGAUGGCAAUACCCAGUACUUCUUCAACAGUCAAACUAGCCAGUACAUGUACUGGGAUGCAACAAAUUCCACAUACAUUGCAGCCAAUCAAAAUCAACAAAAUACCAACCAGCCAAAACUCCAAAACCCACCGACUGCUACAGUAGAAAACACAAUACCAAAAGAACCAGAAGAGAAAAAGAAAAGAGACAAAGAGGAUAAGGUUAAGGUUGCCAAAAAGAUUGCAAAAGAUAUGGAAAGGUGGGCUCGGACGUUGAACCAAAAGAAAGAAAAUGCUCGUAGCAAUUUUGUUAUGGAACAGCCACUAGACCAUGGAGCAAGUAAGGGUUCAGCAGACAUAGGGUUUUCUGUGCUUGGAGCUGGUCCCUCUAUAACGCCGCACAUGCGAGAAAUAUCGCCACCGCCAAAUACUGAAGAAUUUCUUAUUAAAAGUCCUGAAGUUGCUCCAGUUGACUCUGACGAAGGAAUCAUUGACUGGGCGAGGCUAACAUGCUUAAUUUGCAAACGGCGUUUCCCCUCUGCUGAAGUGUUAACGAAACACAAGACAUUGUCCGAUUUGCACAAGCAGAACUUGGUAGAAUUUCAGAAGAAGAAUGAUUUAUUGCCGCAAUCAAAUGGGUAUAGGGAUAGGGCGGCGGAAAGGCGAUUAAAGUUUGGUGAAGAUGAGCCUCCUCCGAUUCGUAAGCGAUACGAGAAUGAUAUGCCGGCACCUGUGGUUUCACAUCCACCUCCAUCAGUUGUAGACACGAUUGGUGGUAAAAUGCUGCAGAAAAUGGGUUGGUCUGAAGGUCGAGGAUUGGGAAAGGAGGAACAAGGGAGAAUAGCUCCUAUAGAGGCGGAACAAAGGCCUAGCUUGGCGGGACUAGGGCAGAAACGCGGGAUAUACACUCCCACACCUGGCUUAACGUACAGAGAUACUGUAAAGAAACUUAUGAUUGCGAGAUACAAGGAAGUUGUCGGGCAAGAGGAGGGAAAUAUAUAGGUGAGCUAUGCUUUUUAUUUUCAUAAUAAUCUUUGUUUGUUCGCAGGUUUGGAUUCCAGGUCAGUGUGAUUAAUUAAAAUACUAAAGAUAAGAGUAGAUCUUUUUGUUUGGUAAGACUUGAUAUUAAAUGACUGCAGUUUAUAAGUUUUCAAUAAAUACUAUAUUGUUUCUUUAUGUUUAUUUUGUUCUGUUUCAUCCUGUUGGGUACAGUAGACAACAAAUAUCAUGCUGUAUCUUUUGUUAUCUUUGAAAUAAUUGACUGCAAUCGCAUUUAUGCAUAAAGUUAUUCUUUCUUUACAAUAAAAGAGUUAUGUUAUCUAUGAGCUAUAAGCGUAUGUGUGGAAGAUGCAAGGGUACUUUGUCGAUCCUAUCUAAUCGUUUGAUUCUAUUACCCAUAAUAGAUACGGCGCUACCGAUGAGACGCAACCAUUAAGAUGUGCCCAAGCCAUCUUCGGUAAGUUUCUACUAUUUUCUACCAAUUUCUACCUAAUCAAGCUUUCUCAACAGGUUUCACAGGUAAUGUAUGUAAAGCGCUGGAACCUGAAGACAUUUUCUUACAGCUCUAGCAUAAACAUAAUUGUUUUUGCUAAUGACUUCACUAUUCUGCGUUCAUUUUCGCAUACCUAACAAUGAGCGCAGAAUUUUGACAGUUGACACUGACAUUGACAUAUUCUAAAAAAAGAAGAAGAAGAUUUAUUAACAACAGAGUUAGAUAGAAUCGAACAUAGACUAAAAAAGAACGGUGGACUAAAUCGGAUUUUGUACGAACUGUGAUAUGACUGUGAUAUUGUGCUGCCAAGAAAUGGUGAAUGUGUUUUUGUUGUGAUUUUACUGAUGUAUGUGACUAUUUACCUUACAGAAUGCUUCGCGGGGCUGCCUACGUCCAUACAAAGAUAUAUAAAGUUAUAUAGUUAAUGCCCACUUGUAGUUUUUAGCUUAAAUUAAAUACGUAAUGUUCAAGACUUAAUAAAGGCACAUUGUUUAUAAUUUAGCGACCCUUGAGGAUCUAACAAUUUUGAACAAUUAAUUUAAUUAUAAUAUUUUUAACAAUUUCUUAUUAUUUGGUAAAUUGAUUAUUAUUUAAAUUUAAUUUUUAUGAAUUUCAUCUUUAGGAUCAAAAUAGCAUAAUGGAUUUUCUUUCUUUAAAAUUUAAGUUAAAAGAUAAAUUAACGCACCUUCACUGCAUUUACAGUAAAAUUUUAAAAUUCAUUCCAAUAAGAUUUUCUGAUUUCAUGUAUUAUUGUUAUGUAUUUUUUGAUGAUAGAAUCAUUAAGUUAAGAUGAAACGAAUAUAGAGCUACUUGAUAUAUGUAAAUAAUUAAUUUUAGUAAUAUUAGUACAUAGAUUAUUUAAUAGAUAAUGUUUUUUAUUGUAAAGAAUGCGAUUAUAAGAUUUAGAUACACGAGUUGUACAAAAUAUAUUUUAUAAUAAACAGUUGUUAUUGAAAUAA